GGUAAUGUCAACUGCUGCUCCAACUGCUACUAAGGAAGCACCAAAAUCUCCUCAUAUUUGGACUGGAAACGCCGAUCAGGAAGACCGUGUCGAGUCACUCAUAAAGAAGUCUGGGUGCUGGGAUCUUCAUCUAAAAGUCUCGGAUUGUAUGGGAGAACAUAGAGAUUGGAGAAAGUGUCAAGACGUGGUAAAAGAAUUCAGAACCUGUGUUCAAAGCGUUCAAGUCGGUGAGCCACCAAAAGAAGAAUCAGAAACAAAGAAUAAUGGAUUUUCUCAAUGAUUUUGACCCUUCCGAUGACGAAAAUAAUUGUAAACAUCAAGAAAAACCAACUUAUCUACCUUUCAAACCGAAUUUCCAUGAAAAAUAUUGGUAUCGUAAUGCUUUAAAAGAAAAUCAAACAGCGACUGCAAUAACUGAAAUUGACUUGUUCCGAGUGGCUGAUUGUUAUCAUAAUGGGGAUUUCGAAUGCGCUGAAAAUAUUCUCACCGGGCUCCGUGAAAGCACGAAAAACAAUCGUACACAUGAAAUAAUGCUAAUCGAUUCUCUUCUCCAAUGUUCCAUCAAAAAAACAUCGGAGCUGUCUUCACCUGAAACUUCAAUUUCUCUACAAUUUCUUUCCUACUACGAAUCCA